AUUUUCACAUGCCAACGGCGAUCCACGCGCACGCCCGAUCGACGGAAGAGAGGAUGGAUUCGCGCUGCAUCAGGAUAUUAUGUUAAUCGACUUUUACGGUCAGAAUGAGGGAGGAAGAGCUCGAGAUAUCACUCAAGGUGGUGAUAGUAGGCAACGGCGCUGUUGGAAAAUCAUCGAUGAUUCAAAGGUUUUGCAAGGGUACGUACACGAGGGACUACAAGAAAACGAUCGGCGUCGACUUCCUGGAGCGUGAAAUCGAGGUCGAUGGUGAGGAUGUAAGACUGAUGCUGUGGGAUACCGCGGGACAGGAAGAAUUCGAUGCGAUAACUGCGGCUUAUUAUCGUGGCGCGCACGCCUGCGUCCUCGCUUAUUCGGCCACCGAUAGGGAUUCUUUCGACGCUAUUCCCUCUUGGAAGCUCAAGGUGGAGAAUGAGUGCGGAGAAAUACCCACAGUCCUGGUGCAAAAUAAAAUUGAUCUCGUUGACCAGAGCGUGAUCGACCCGGACGAAGCCGAAAGACUCGGCCGUGCCUUAGGUUGCAAACUCCUGCGAACAUCCGUAAAAGAGGAUAUCGGAGUGAUGAGCGUCUUUCGACAUUUAGCGUCCAGGUGCCUGCACGAAAUGCGUCGCUCCGACGAUGACUAUCAAGAUGACCUGAGAUUAUAUUCCGCCGAGCCUAGAUCCCCUUCCGUUAUCAGUGCGUUCAGUCCGGACGGGUCAAUGUGUGGUCGUAACGCUGGUAAUGGAACGAUAAUUCUUCGGCCAGGCGGCAAAACGAAGAGUCAUAAGAAACGAAAUUUCGUAAAAAACGCUUGUAGACUCUUGUGACUAUUUCAUGUAGUGUAGGUAUGACGAGGUGUUACAUCGCGCUCCGAGUAUUGUACGGAAGAUGUCUAAGGUACGGGUGUCUUGUAAAUAUAUAUAGUUUAUUUUCUGAAGGCGUAAACGGACGGUGAUUUACAAUGUCCGAUAGUGCAAGACUAUUAUAUUUUAAUGAUCUACGACGGUCUCGUGUAUAAGAAUACACAGUACGCAUAACAUUUGGGAGCUCAUUAAUUUAAACGCAAUAGAAGUAUUUUUACUAUAAUCAUGCUCAUAAUGUUAACCAAAUGGUUAUAGAUUAUAAGAUACGAAAGAUUAAUCGCAACUAAUAAAUUGCAACUACGCGUACUCGCAACUACGGAUGGGAAUAGUGAUAUAAAAUGAAUGACGCGUAAUUCGUAAAUAUAUUGCCAUAUUGUCACAUAUAUGAAUAAAUUAUUAUCCUUCUUUAAAUUGCAUUGGAUCCGAGGACCAAAUUAAGAAAAUGAGAUUAAAACUUUAAUUUCAUUGUGCAUUAUAUUAAUCCAUUAAACAAUAAUAUAUAAUGAUCGUUAUAUAUAUUUACAAAUUAAGCGUCGAUACUACUUAUCAGAUAAGAUUAUUCAAAUUCGAUAACAUAAAAGCAGCUCAAUUUAACGAAAGUGUGAAAUUAGAUAACAAAAUUAAAAUGCAUUCCAAAUAUGUACUGUGUUAAGAUCUUAUUUCUUUAAUGCACUUUAUUGAACUACGACGUCAAAAAUGAAAAAUUGUAUGAAAUUUGUUUUCACAUUUUUAACGCCAUGAUUCAAUCGACCGCAGUGAAGAAACUGAAAUCUUAAACACAAACAAGUUAGUGUAAACUAUUUUCCUAAGACAAUUGUACGUUACAAUAAGUUACUUAAUAACUAUCAUAUGUUUAAUUUUUACUUAUUUGUAAUAUUAUAGAACACAAUAAAAUCUUUGUACAUUUUACUAAAAAUAAAAUCUUUGUCAAGAGAAAUUUAACAAGGAGCCGCUAUAAACGAGCAAUAAGAAAGAAGUAUUUCAAUAUUUAAAAAUAUAUCAAAUGAAUAUUUCAAACUUGUCAAGAGUAUACCUCUAACAAUAAAGAAAAUGAA